AUGAAAUAUACUGGUCUCGCCGUUAUGGGCUUGAUGGGCUGUGCCCUUGCCUUGCCCCAGGGUCCUCCUCCCCCGGGCCCCCCUCCCCCAGGCCCUCCCAGCGAGCUUCCGAGUGGUUUCCCAACUCCCAGUGGCUCUCCUUCGGGAUUCCCGACACCAACCAGCACCCCCAGCGGCUUUGAGAAGCGCCAGGCCUUCGACCUGCCUUUCUCCAUCCCCUCCGGGUUCCCUACUAGCUUCCCGUCUGGCUUCCCCACGCCUUCCUGCUCCGGCCUCCCUACUGGAUUCCCCUCACCCACCGGCCUGCCUUUCGGCAAACGCCACUUCCCCCACGGGACCCCGCCUCAGGGUCCUCCUUUCCAUGGUCCUCCUCCCUAUGGCCCUCCUCCCCAUGGUGUUCCCGAAGGCCCCAUCCCCAGCGGGUUCCCGACCCCAACUGUCUCCCCUUCUAGCGGGUUCCCGACUCCAACCAGCACCCCCAGCAGUACCCCCAGCGGCUUCGUGAAGCGCCAUGGGCUCCCCACUAGCUUCCCCAUCCCCAGCGGCUUCCCUACCCCCACUGGAUCCCCCACUGGAUCCCCCACCCCAUCCGGCACUCCUCCCCCCCUUCUUCCCUCUCCCCGCUUAUUAGAUACCGAGCGAGAGAUAGAACGGAUCUCUGAUUCACUGCGUCGGGUACCAUCUUGCAAGACUGCAUCCAUGUGA